GUCAGUUGAACAUUUUCCAUGCUGUGAUCAAGUUGUCUUUUCCUUUGAGCGCCGAGCGCUGUGCACGCCUGGGACUUGGAACGUUUCGAAAUCGGGCUGAAGAACAUUUAGAAAGUAUUCGAGAAAAUAUUCGAAAGUUCAAUCGUUAAAUAUAUAUAUAUUUAGAAUCCCCCGACUUAAGCCACCAGUUUAGUGUGUGUACUCUCGAGCAGCAAGUGCGUGAAACGGUGGCGGCCAAGUGCAAAUGCAAACAAACAAAAUAUACAAGACACAAAAAUGUUGAAACGACGGACUGACUUACAUGCAUUUUAUUAGUAAAUAAAAAAAUACAACCGAAUAAAACAAAUAUAAAUAAAAAAAACAAAUAUCAUUACAACCGAAAACACCAACGGGAAAAAACAGCCGCAAACAUUUUUGUAAAACAAAUGAUUAAAAAGGUUUCGCCAGCAAAGAAAAAACAAGCAAAAACCAACAAGCGCGUGGAAAUCGAAUGCUGAAAAUCGCCCAUAAAACGCAUAAAUAAAUAAACUAUGCUCAAACGAAAUUAAUUAAAAAAGAAUGGAAAAUCAAAUCAGGCAAGAUAAUUAAAACAGUAAGCGCACACGGCAAAUAAAGCAACGGCAAUAUCCUGCCGCAAAAAUUGAAAAUAUCCUGUAAGACGGCUGGGAAAAAGGACGAGCCCUACGAACGAAGAAAGGAAAAUGAGGUCGACGAAGGCGAACCCAAAGGCCGGAGUGGAUCCCAAAAUUUUGUGCUUUUGUAUUUGCCAAUUUUAAUGAGUGUAGCAAGCAAACCAAGCAAGAAAAACAAAAACCAAAUCCAAAAAACAGAAAUAGAAACAGAAACCUAAAACUUUAGCAAACAACAAAAAAACACCACAACAACCACAUCAAUAACAGAGCAUUUUGUACAACAAGCACAACAAAAGCUUGAAAAGUCCCACCAUUAUCAUCAUCAACAACAACAAUAACAACAACAAAGACUCAUUUGAAUUGCAACAAAUAAUAGACAACAAGAACAACAACCAGCACGUACACAAUGUGACAAUAAAACAGUGUGGCCAGUAGCAGCUAGAAAGCAAAAAGCCAAAAAGGAAUUUAAUUGCACGCACUAGACGAGAAGUAGCCAUUAAAAGAGCCAGCAGAAACAGCCAAAAACAGCCAGAACACCGAAACAGUGAUAAAAAUCGAGAACGAGCGCACAAGCAGCGAGAAAUCCGAGAACGCAGCCGAGAAAGCAGAAGUUAUAUAAUAUCAAUUCAAGCGUACUUUUCCAACUUGUUUCCUCUCUUGUUGUCGAAUGUCCUUGCACCGCCUUUAAACUCUCGCUCUGUGUGUGUGCAUCCCGUUCACAUGUGUGUGUGUGUCUCCCGUCCCACCAGCCACCUUCCCACACAUCCGUUCCACGAUCGGUGUCCGUGUUUGUCGUGUAGCACCACCACCACCUAGAGAAAUCCAGCACCACCAAACCAAAAGCAAUAUAAGAGCACCCUCACAAGUAUAAAUAAGAUUAAAACCGCAGCAACCACAAUAUAUACCACCUGCAACACCUGCAAUCGCAAUCGCAAUAGCAAUCGACUUGGCGGUGCAACCACCCUAAGAGCCAGCUGAACCACCGACCUCUGGGGCUGACAGACAGGUCAGAGUGAAGUACCCACUAGCCAACCCAAAUAGCCUCCUGGUUCCUGGUAGCUCCCGAUAGCUCCCCCGAUUGAUCCACUCCACAUAACCACAUACCAGCACCACAAUUGCACAUUACUACCAUAGAUACCCCCGGCAGUACUACUACCGCAUGGAGCGCGGCACCAGCGGUGGUCAGCAGCAGCAGCACCAGCAGCAGCAGCAGUCAUCGCACCACCACCACCAGCAGCAGCAGUCGUCGCACCAUCAGCAGCAACACGCGCACCACCAGCAGCAGCGACACCACCAGCAUGUCGUCGCUGUGCACAGCUUCGAUCCGUAUCUGACCGUCGGCGGGGCGGACGAGGAGCACACGUCGGGCACCUCGUCCUUUGACAAUCCCGCCACCAAAAAGAAGCCGCCCAAGCUGAAGCCCAUCCACCGAUCCCUGUCCAUGGCCAUCGAUAAUUAUGCACCGUCUUCCGGGGAUCUCGACAUGGAUUUGGACAUGGAAAUGGGCAUGGACAUGGACCUGGAUAUGGAGAUGGACCUGGAGGGCGAGGGCAUCAUCAUCAGUGAGAAGCCGCUGAUCCACCGCUCGGCCUCGCCCCUGCCCCAUCCCCGAUCCGGAGCCCUACCCCCGCAGACCCUAGCAAUCCCAGCACAACAGCAACAGCAACAUAUUAUAUCCCAUCCCAGCCAGCGUGGCGGCGGUGGUGGCACCGGCAGUGGUGCCGUUUCCCCAGCCCUUUCUGCCCGCCAGCAACACCAUCACCUCCUCCAACAACAACAACAACACCACCACCAGCAACAACAACAACACCAACAACAACAACAACAACAGCAACAUCAGUUGCACUUGCACACUUUUCAGCAACUUGCCGCACAGGCAGCUGCUGCAAGGCAUCAGACAACCCACCAGCAGCAUUCACUAUCGCACCGCCAACAUACGCAACAACAUACGCAUCCACAUCAACAGCUUCAACAUCCGCAUCCGCAUCAGCAUGCGCACUCGAAGAGCUCACCAACCUCACACGCGGUUAGCCCGGUGCUGGGCCAACAGCACCGCCAGCAGCCGGACAUUUACCUGGUCAGCAGCAGCAGCAGCCUGGGCGAUGGUGUCGGUGUGGGCAGCUUGGGCGUGGGCAUGGGCAUGGGCAUGGGGCGAUCGUUGGGCGGGAGCACAUCGCCCAUUCAGUUCAUCGAUGUGGACGAUAUGCCCAAUCCAACGGUGGCCCCUCAUCAGCGCCCAAUGCAUCCGCUGAAGAAGAACCUGUUCCGGCGAUCCGACACCAUUGACGUCCAUCCGUCUACCAAUUUUCAGAUGAAGAAAACGCAUUCCUUCCACGCGCAACAGGAUCCCGCCGCCCUGGACCAAAUCCAGCUGGCCGUAGCAGCCGGCUCGGCGACCUCCAGUCGUCGUACCAGUUCGGUGAGGGGCAACUUCCUAAUGCCCGGUCCACCGGCCGGCGCCAAAGAGAUAUCCCGCUCACCGUCGCCCAGCCGACGGGGCUGUCGCUCCCACCGAUCGUUCAACGAUCCGGGUCGGAGGCCCAGCGUGAAACCGGACUCUGUGGUGGAAUCGCAGAUACGACAUCCCUCGCUGAACGAUGACCUCAUGGAGCCGAUGAACGGUCGGAAUCUCUUUGCGGCACCCACCAAUCUGUCGCUGGAAAAUGAGCUGUUCGUUGACACGCGUUCGCGCAGCAACAGUCACACCAAGAUGGAGGAGCUCGGUCUGGCGGAGAUUACCGCCGCUGCCGUGGCAGUGCAGCGAUUGCGCAAGAGCUCCGGAGCAGGAUCCUUUGAGGAUGCAGCCGCCGGCCACAGUGCCACCCACCCGCCUUCAGCAGCAAAUAGCAUCAAGCAGAAGCGGGACUCACACCACCCACACACCCGCCAAGUUAGCACUCACAGUUUGGAGCUAGACGGACGACCAUCGACCUCUGCGGCAGCGGCAGCCGCAGCAGCGGGCGGACAUGGCCUGCAGCUCCACAGCGCGGCGGCAGCGGCCAGUGCAGCGUACCACUUUAAGCGGGGCGCUCAGCACGGACGGUCGCUCUACCUGUCGCCCAGCAAUCUGGAGGAGCUCGCCGUCCACCGGCCAGGUGUUCUGGCUGCAGCAGCAGCAUUCCAGGGCACCAACGCCAGUGCCAGUGUGAAGCAGGCCAAGGCCCUGCACAGCGCCAGCGUACGACUCCGCAGCUAUCGGGAGACACUGAGCGCCUCCAAGAAGUCCAAAAGCUUCAUCGGAGACGCCAGUGCUGGCAGCGGUCCGCAGGCGGGCGACGACUUCGAGCUGAGCUCGCCCCACCGACGCAACAGUCGCCCGCUAUCCACAGUUGUGCCUGGGUCAAGCAUCGAGGAAAUAAAGAGGAGUCCUCGACCCAUUUCCGCUUCGGCGGCGGCGGCUGCCUUUUUGGAGGAGAAGCGACCCAGCUUCGAGAGGAAGUCCUCGCUGACGUACGACCACGAGCUGAGCGAUGCCGCCUUUGCGGCCCAGGUGCUGAGGCCCUUCCACCACAAACUGGCUGCCGGAAGGAAGGGGUCCGUGACCGGAGGCUCGCACAAACUGAAGAAGAAGUCGCUGAGCGAUGACACCGACGAGGAUGAAGCGGCGGAUCGCAAGCGCAAGCGGAUCGUCUGCAUUGUCCUGUCCACGGUCCUGUUGUGCCUGGUGUGCGCCAGCGUUUUUGUGCUGACCAUCACGCUGACCUCCAGCUCCGGCCAGGGCGGAAAGAAGGCGCAUUCGUUCAGUAGGGACACCCCCGUCCAUUGGACGGGCAUGAGGCCCUCAUGAACUCCAACGCAGAGGCUGUGCUUCGGCCAAUUCACCAACCUGCCAGCUGGUUAUCCCCUGACUUUGGACUCGAUUUCGUUAACGUUUGCGUUUUCGCUUCCGCUUCGAUUCUGUGCUGUCGUUCCGCUCUACGUUUUGUUUCCUCUGAGUCUCCGGGUCUCUGGUGGCCCCGAAUUGUCCAACUGACGUUUAAAGACUGCGGGAAUGAAGCAACUAGAGGAGAGGCAGCGGCAACUAUCGAAGAGUCUUGCGACAGGAGAACGAGCGCAACUUCCGCGAGAAUCUGGAGCGCACCUGGAUGAUGAAGAACCGCACCGAGCUGAAUCUGCAGCGCCAGCAGAUGGAGAUGCAGCAGCAGCACGUCGUUCCAUGAGCGAAAGGAAGGAAGUGACGCCGCUGGAGCAGAUGCGACCGGAUGAGAUGUCAGCACGAGCUGGAAAUGUCAGCGGUUGGCAGCAAGGACAACAAGUUUGUGGCAGGAAGCCGGAGGACCCUUCUGCCCCUCACUUCCUGAACUCCCCCAACUCCCUUCCUGCCCCGCCCAAUCAAAGUUAUGCGCACAAAUGCUACAAAGAAUAACAGAAAGGACGAGAAAUCGAAUCAAAAGAAAUUGUUAACUAAAAAAUAAUUGAGGAUGGAGCACUCCGAAGUGCUCGGCUAAAGCUAAGCCCAAUGCUAAUUGUAGUUAAGUCUGCCCAGGCGGAAAUCACUUGUUUUAUAUCUAACUGAGAGGUAGACUCCACUUAGAGCAAACCAAAUAUAAUUCAAUGGUCGAGAAAAUCAAAAGUGAUGCAGUUUAGUCAAUAGUUAAAGCGUUGUUUAUAGAAUAACUUCGAUGACAUUUUAAAUAUUAGAUCGGCAACGUUCUGGUACUCAAAUUCAAACAACCCAACAGAUUUAAAAUCAAUUGCAAAUGUGUCUAUCAAUAGGCAAUAGUCGUUUUUAUUCCAAGAACCCAAUGUACAAAAGUAGCUUGUACUGCGUUUCACUGCCUAACCCAGGCACACUUGCAAUUGGAUUUAAACAAAAGAAGUAUCGCAUUAUAAUUUAUAAUUUAAAUUUAAUUACUCAGUUUAGAAUUAAUUUGGUGUAGCUUAAUAAGUAUGAAUUCCCCUAUUGAAAUUGAAGUUGUUUACCAGAACCAGCCUGAUUGUCCUGUAAUUAUUGCGUCAAGGAUAUGAUCUACUUGGGGCUGCAGGACGACGCCAAACGGAAGGAGCAAUUAAAAGGUUUCGAUUGUUCAGUUGAUUAGCGAAAUGGUUUCAAUUUUUCUUCAGCCAAGCUUUUCCUUUGGUUUUCCCACCCGACAAAUACCCUCCUGAAUGGCGUCGACAGGCAGCUGUCGAAGAAAAAGAGGAGAAAAGUUGGUCAAUAGUUACGUCUGAAACUAAGUUGUUAACUGAAAAAGUACUCCUAAGUAAAUGUUAAUAGCAAUAAACAACCGAAAGUUUUUGUAUCUCUUAGACGUUGAAGAUGUUGAAGCGGAGUUGGAAGAAAAGCGCAAGCAUAAGUAUCAAGUAUUCCACGAUAGAUUUUGAGUAAAACUACAAUUCAUAGGUUAACAAUAAUUGUAAAGGAGCAAGGAAACAUUCAAUAGAAUUACUCGAACUUCGAAGUCAACUUGUGCCAAUGAAAAAAGCCUACAAAAUCCUAAUGAGAACCUGCAAUAAAUGUGGCGUAGCGUAACUUAAUAAACAAUUAAAUAACAAAUGCGCGGAGAAGUUAGAUAUUUAGCGGAUCGAUGUGAAACUGUUACUUAAGUGCAAAACGAGCUUGUUGUCGAAUUAAUUUUUAAACGGAUUAAACUAAGUGAAUCUAAGCUAAAUGUUAAAUGUUUUUUUAGGUGUUCAAUGUUACAAUUAUUUGUGGUCGAGCAUCCGACGAGGAAGAAUUGAUUGCCCAGCCUUCACCAAAUGAAUAAGUUUAUAAACCUGUGCUAACUCAGUUGCAAGUCAAACGACAAAUUUAGCUUGAAGCAAACUUCUAUCGGUUUCAGCCAACAGAGCGUUGCAGGCUUGAAAGCAAAGUUGAGAACGAACUUCCCUGACCGCCCAUCUUUUAGCCCAGUUACCAAUUAGCCGGAUAUGUAUUUAUCAACCUAAAUGUUUCCCAAUACUCGCCAGCCCGAUUGCACAAAGGUAAUUUAAUAGGUUUUUGGUCUCUGGCGUUAAAUUAAUGUGAGAUUCAAAGAUACUUUGUAGCCACAAAACAAAUUUACAUGCAUAAACAUCACAUGAAAACAAAGAGAAAAAUAACAAAGUGCAUGAUUUUAGGAAAUAUCUUAAAAACAAACAAAUUUUUGUUUUUCCAUUCAAAACUGAUACGGUUAACUCUUAACUAAAAACUGGCUAAAUUAUUUGCAAUAAAUAUCUGAUUUAAGAGCACAUGUUUCAGGUAAAUUACGUGAUUUUAUAGUUGGACAGUUUCAGCUUUUCCUUACAAUUAGUUUUCUCUGUAUACGAAUUUAUUUGUUUUUAAGCCAUUUGGCGAGCAGGGAAGCGGAAUUUCAAUGGCGGGCAGGGCGAAAACAAAUGGAAAGCUUUAAAUUAGCUCAAUAAAUUGUAAACUUAAACAUUUAAUCUACUUAGAGCGGGUCGUUGUUAAAUGCAAUGCAAGUACAUCUGGGACAAAGAAUCACACACCUCAUUCAGAUUUGUAAGAUACGCAUUUUGGCCCAGAAAGCCAUUCGAAUUUGACCACAAAUACACACAGGCUAAAACAGAGGCUAAAAUAAUCAAAUUUGUCGCCAGGCAGUCACAAAGGAUAUUUAGUAUAUACAAUCAAACAACAAUAUACUUAGUAAUUGCAUUUAACACAUGGGGCAGAGCAUAUCCACUAGGUUUGCAAAAUUGAUUUAACUGCAUGCUUAAACUAACGAAAGUAAAAAGGAGAUUAACUGAAUGAAGGAGGUAGGGGAGACCUAAUUAAAAGAACACAACUAAUGUCUAUAUUUAUGGCUAGCUAAGUGUAAAAAUGUAAGCUGAAUUAUUAUACAAACAACUACAAUCGAAGCAAGUAAAUUGAUGUAAUUGAAAUACUCGAAACGUUCUAGGGCGAAAUACCAAUGAAUAUUGAAUAAUGACACAGGUUAAACACAAACACGCAGCAAGCAUAAAUUAAUGAAUAACGAAAUUAUUUCUCGAGAAAAAAAUCAAACUUUUUAGCCUUUGAACGAGAGACUUUUGGUGCCCAAUCCAGUUUGAGCAAUUAUUUACAAGUGAAAAAUGAACGAAAUACAAAGAAAGACACACAAACCACACCACACACAGGCAGAUGUAUUGUAAAUAGAGCCACAAACAAACCAAAUGAGUAAAUACCAAGUAGGUACAUUAAUAACUAAUGAUGGGGCUUAUCCGAGUAAAUCAACAUUAAAUAAAUUAACAACGGAAUUCAAACAAAAGCAGGUAACUUCAACUUCAACUUGUGUGCAAGGCAUCAACUUUUACUGUUAAUUGUUGCUGGCAAUGCAAAACGCAACGCCGACCGAAAAACGAAAACUACAAAAAUAAACCAUGAAAAAGCAAAACAAAUAUAUUUAAAAUACAUUUGAACGCCUUCAGCGUUUUAUUCAUCAAGCAAAGCAAGAAAUGUUGAAUCGAAAGAAAAAGUCAAACAAAGCCAUAAAAGCGAUAAAUCAAUUUGUGUCACCUGUGUAGUAAGUAUAUCUCAGUAUUUGUAACUGAAAAUGAAAAGCGUUG